AUGGUUCUACUUGAUGAUGAGUGGUUGAACUAUUGCAAGUUUGAUACCAUUGUGGUCGUGGAAAUUCCCAAAGCCUUGCGACAAACGUUCAAACGAAUAUGGAACAAGAAAUUUGGGAUAUUGCAUCAGUGGAACGACUCUAAUGCUGUGAGAAAAUUACUUUGUAACAAAGAAGGUGGCAAACAAAGCAUCAAACUUCUCACAAACAAGUCGUACGAGAAGUGGGAUACUACAGCCCUGUGUAAAUUCACCCUCUACGCAAAAUCUUUUGCUACACGAGACAGCAAAGGCGACCUUAAAACACUCGAUGAACUGUACAUAAAGCCCCGGGGACCUAAUCCUUCUGGACAGUUUCACUCCUCUGUGAUUAGCGCGAACGGUAACAUCGAUGAAACGUAUGCGCUCGCAAUUGAUCAGCUAAGACUUCUGAGAAAUUGGUGCUCUCAUUCUACCAGAGCAGAGAUGGAUAAGACAACGUUUGAUCGGUUCGUUAAACUGGCUAAAGACGCAUUUAAAGCCCUUUCCGUCAAUACAGACGACAUUGAUGCCAUUGUGAACGCGACCGGAAGUGCACACGCCGAGGCUCAAAGUUGUGACAUGCGCAUUUUUUUUUUUGACUCAUUUAUAACUUUUUGAGAGCGGAUGUCAGUUACAAUAUUUUUCUCGCUUCCUUGAACGGAAGUUGCGUAGCUGGUGUUGUGUUUUAAAAACCUUCACUAUUUUUAUCUCGUAAUGAACGGAAGUUGCGUAAGCACGUUUAGGCUAGGAUCACGAGUUUUGCAACCGGAGACGUUUGAGAUGAGACAAUAGGUUUGUGUGUGUGAGAGAUAGAACAAGUAUUAGCGACGCGUUGGAAAACCACGAGAAGAAUAAAAACAAGGAUUUGUCGAGUACAAGUUGUGAGUUCGUGAGUUUAGAGUGUACCCCACAAGUUCGGUACAUCCUCCCAAACCGCCCCCGCCCCCUAAGUAGUUUUGACACUCAUGCAAGAUGGCAGCCCGUAACGCAAAGUGCUCGAUCUCGAAGAUCUUACGGAAAAAUAGAGGACUGUGAACAGUCUAGAUGUCAGUAAAUAUCGACCAGAGGUCUACAAAAGUGAAAAAUCGAAAAUUCUCAAAAAAAUUCACAAAGUAGCACUAGGUAAGCUAUUAACAUAAAUGUAAUUUUUACUUCGAUCCGAUAAUUAUUUUCCACGUACGGGGGGGUUAUUGGUUUCGCGGCUCUCGGAGCGGGUUUUCCAGGCCCGAGACCAUGUGUCACAAAAAAAUCGUUUUAAAAUUCAAAUCCAUCGUAAUGCGGACAACAAAUAACUUAUUCAGAAGAGUACAUAAUUGCACACAUUUUAAGUGGUGAUUUACUCAGUUUGAAUGAAUAUGUAAUAUUUUGGAGAUUUUUCAUUAUUUUCAAUAUUUUGAACGUUUUCGUUCAAUGAAAAAAUGGCAAAUUUCAAAGCCCCAAAUCGUCGACUGGUACCUCGAUUUCAGUAACCAGUCUUAUACCACGUUAAAGAGCGUUAUCUCUUCUUUCAAAAUCUGUUUUCAAAACUACGGGCAACUGAAAAGAAAAUUUUUGAGGCCAAAAAAUACAAGUAGUACUUUUCUGAAAUUUGAGCUUUCCAGACUCAGCGGACCGAUGCUAAAAACUCAGAAAAAUGCAAUAAGAAAUCAGUUUGAGAAACAGUGGUUUAACGUUAUCAGCUAUCAGAAACAAACACGUGUUUAUCGAGCGAUCUGAUAAAAUGUAAAGCCGUUUUCCAACAAGAAAAGCAGAGUUUAGCCAUCUUCUGCUACCAAACGCACGAGUCACGUAAGGUUGUCAAAAGGCAAAGCAGAGUAAUAAACUUCAAAAAGCACAACGUUUCUGCGUCCAGGAAUUAGACUUUAGCGGACAGAACAAGGCCUACGAGUGUAUGUUUCAUACCUUAGCAUGGGUCUCCUAGAUAUUGGAAGUAAAAAACAUCAAGCACAGCAUCGGCAAAAGCGUCUUCGGCUGCUCUCAAACGACGGAGAUUGUGUUACUUUUCACAGAUUGACCGCUUACCACCUGUUUUUGGGCUCGCAUUUCGACGGAUCUGAACUCUUCUUCACGAGACAUUGAACUGAAUUUAUCGGAAAUAUGCCACCACCACCAACAACACGAGCUUUUUUCGGGUAUUUGUCGUUUUUUAUACGAAAAGUUCGGGUAAGCAGAUUCACGCAAAAACCAUUUGGCUCAAAAAAUGUGUUUAAAAGCCCACCCUGGAUUUGAAGCAAAAAGUAUUUCCUCGAAAUAAGCUAAAAAGUACCCAAUUCACGCGGUGAAAAAAUGGAUGAUUAUGGAAGGAUUAUCGAAUUCUUGCCUAACCUGAGGGAUUUCCCAGUUUCCCGUGAUGUAGGAUUAGGGGUAGGAAAAAAGCCCAUAACCUGCUCCUGUCGUUGUAAAUUUCCUGAAGAUCAAAAAUUUCAGUAAGAACCGAAAAAAAAAAAACAGCUUAAAGGAGGUGCACACACCUUGACCUAGCCAGGGAAGAGAGGCUUCUGAUUGAGCUAAACUGUCAUUGAUGCACGGUGCAAUUAGUUAGACCUGUUACUAUCCCCCGCGCAACCACAGGAACAAGUCCAGCCAUUUGGGCCCGGGGGUGGGGAGUACUUUUGAAGCGGUCCUGUUGGGGAGUUUCGGGGGUAGGGGGCGGGGAAAAUCGAAAACAACUUCUCUUUGUUUUUGUGAAGUACAUCAUUUCUCGCACGGUUGACAAGGUGACGGCGGACUCCAUAGCUGUGGAAAGGCCCUUUUGAAACAUGUGCCGGCAACAUGCAGGGCAUCACGAAAUUGACGUCAACACGUUGAAUCAACUCCAUGAACAGGGAGAGGCGAUAAGUCCCAUCUUAAAAGAUGCUUGAUGUCUAGACGUGAAUAGUCUGUCCGCAGUCAUUUUUCAUUUUGUAUAUCGGGACCAUUUGAUAGCGCACGAGUGAACCGGAGCGCAGUAACGAGCCCUAACCCCACCCAAUUGCCCUUGCGGUCUUUAAAUCAUCGCGUUUUUCAUUUUUUUUGUGCGCGUUCGAGAGCCUCCAAAGGGAAUAUUCAGGGUCUUUGUACAGUUUCAGUUUAUUUUACCGACAAAAAAGAACAAACCAAAGCAAAAGACAAGUAUACAGAAAUACGCAGAAGCAAUGUGGUGGGGAAGCCCAAAAAGAAACCAUAAGGCUUAGGUCAUCCCCUUUUCGUUCGUUUAGCGUUGAAUAGGUUUCCUGGCUUGGGUGGGUCGGUCGGUGGGGUGAAAAAAAAUCACUAGAAAUCUGAGAACAGGAGGCCUGAAACACCAGCGUCAUUGCCAUGGAGCCUGAAAACAACAAGACAUGGUCACCAAAUCGACACAAACUCAAUAUUGCGGAAAAUGUGAUGGCCAAUUUCAUAAAAAAAAAAGGCCCAAAAAGGGUAAAAAGCAAAAAGGAUACACCACCGAACGUUUUAUGCCUGGAAAUGCUGUUAUAAUGCUCAUUUCUUAUAUUAAAAGAAUUAAUUUAAGUCCAAAAAAAUAAACCUUGUCGUUUCUUUUUCUUGCUUUUUAAAAAAUCCCAAAAACUGGGUCUGUUGGACAACACUAAACAAAGAAAAAAUUAAUAUAGGUAUUAAUGUCCCUUGAAGUAUAAAAGUAUAAGUUUACAAGGACAGGAUCGAAACUAUACUGAGUAACUAAAUGAUAAAAAUUUGAUCAAAAUUAAAUGAAAGGCUAAGAGUCUAAGCGCUGUCUGAUAACGAAACGGUAAACAAGAAGUGCUGCCUGUCAUUUAAUAGAGACGUGAAAUACUGGGUAGACCACAUCCUGAACUCCUGCGAAAACCGGAAGAGAGGAACGCUCAGGGCUAAGGAGACUAAACAGGGGCGUAGCUACUUGUAUGCACGGUUCCCACGUGCGUACCCGAAAACGUUGAGGAGAAAACAUAGGAUGAAAUAAACAUAACUAAAAAAAUCGGUUUCCAGAGAAGCGAGGACAUUAAUUCGAGAACCGAACCUUGGAUGCUUUAUUUAUAUAGCAAGCUUGAUGAUGUAAAGCGUGAACGCGUUGUUUUCUCCACGACCUGUCUUCGGAGUAGACGAAGUAGGGCACAAUUACGUCAAUGUGUGGUGUUUUUGUCGGUCAAAAAUAAUGUGACAAAAAAGGGUAAAAAGAGUCAUUUGUAAACUAAAGUCGGAGGUACUACAAGCUUGAUUUUUAAUAGCUGAAUUAAUGAUAAACGGUUGACGUCAAUGAACAUAACAAGCCGACAGAAUUAAAGAAUUUUAGAGGUUGUGUCAUUUCAUAAACAGCAAAAAUGCUUUUGCUUACAACCGUUAACCCCACCUUUAAUAUAGGCACCUUAAAAAAUGUUGAGAUUUGGGUGGGGGGGGGGAGGGGGGGGGAGACGAUGUAGAAAAAGCUGGGUGUACCUCCGGAAUAAAUCCUGACUACGCACCUGCUAAAUCCUGAAACUGAACAACAGGCGUCCUCAGUUAUCAUCUGUCCGGGGUCGUACUUUCAAGGAAGCGCUGAUCAAGAAUCACUCAUGACGGAAUGAAAACUCCUCGUAGCUUCCAGCGAAAAAAGGAGUGACAACAGUGGUAAGCGGUCGUUCUGUGAAAUGUAACGCAAUCUCUGCCGUUUACGAUCUUUCGGCGCUUGCAUUUAAAACGUUGUUGUUUGGUAUGUUCUCCUGUGUGGAUACUUGACCUUUCCAAUAUAUGGAAACACCAUGCUAAGGUACGAACAACAGACAUUCACAACAUUGUUUUGUACGCUAAAAUCUGCUUUCAUGGACGCAAAACGUUUUGAAUUUUAAGACUUUUUAAUAUUAGUGCUUUGCCCUCCCUUUGACAACUUCACGUGACUGGUGCACUUGGCAGGAGUUGACAGCUUAAAUCUGCCUUUCUUGAUAGCAAACGGCAUUAAUUUAUAUCAGAUCGCUGUAUAAACACGUCUUGGUUUCUGAAAGCUGAUAACUUGAAGCCACUGUUUCUCAAACUGAUUUCUUAUUGUAUUUUUCCGAGUUUUUAGCAUCGGCCCGCCGAGUCUCAGGGGAGUCUGAAAAGCUCAAAUUUCAGAAAAGUACUACUUGUAUUUUUUGACCUCAAAAAUUUUCUUUUCAGUUGCCCGUAGUUUUGAAAACAGAUUUUGAAAGAAGAGAUAACGCUCUUUAACGUGGUAUAAGACUGGUUACUGAAAUCGAGGUACCAGUCGACGAUUUGGGGCUUUGAAAUUUGCCAUUUUUUCAUUGAACGAAAACGUUCAAAAUAUUGAAAAUAAUGAAAAAUCUCCAAAAUAUUACAUAUUCAUUCAAACUGAGUAAAUCACCACUUAAAAUGUGUGCAAUUAUGUACUCUUCUGAAUAAGUUAUUUGUUGUCCGCAUUACAAUGGAUUUGAAUUUUAAAACGAUUUUUUUGUGACACAUGGUCUCGGGCCUGGAGAACCCGCUCCGAGAGCCGCGAAACCAAUAACCCCCCCGUACGUGGAAAAUAAUUAUCGGAUCGAAGUAAAAAUUACAUUUAUGUUAAUAGCUUACCUAGUGCUACUUUGUGAAUUUUUUUGAGAAUUUUCGAUUUUUCACUUUUGUAGACCUCUGGUCGAUAUUUACUGUCAUCCGCUCUUAAAUGGGUAAAGUCCCGGCAUGAAGGGGUUUUUUACCGCCCGCGUGGUAAAAAAUCCCUAACAUUUCGGAAACCACAGGAAACCGCAAAGCGGAAAAAAUGUCAUCGAACACCCGCCUGUGUUUAUCCACUAAGCAAAAUUUAUAUUUAGUAUUUUACUGAUUUUAGAAAAGAUUGAAAGGUCUGGAAACCAAAUGACUUCUAAACGAAGAUGGUCAAUAUCAAAACCUGUUUUACUGCUUGGAAUUUCCAAUAUUUCUUCAAUUCAGCAGAGACGUGUCGCUUCUUAG